AUGUGUCCUGCUCUUCCACUUGAGAUCCAGCAGAAAAUCAUAGCUCUUGCCAUGCAUGACAGAGAAACCACUGCAGAAAACCUGAGAGUGUCAAAGCAGAUAUAUCCAUGGCUAGAGAGAUUAAUGUAUAAAAUGAUCAUUCUGUAUCAUGAAGAGACAGUCAAACAAUUUCUGGAUUAUGGGUCACCUCUGUGGCAUGCCUUAAAUGCCCUCCCACUCAAGUCACUAUUGCUUUCUGUGGAAAUUGACUUCACAUCAUCAAGUGGCAAAUUAAAUGUGUUCCAAAACCUGACACAUUUCAACAUCACCAAUGAUUGCAUGCUCAAUAAACCAAAUGUGGCAUUAGAGGGUCUUGUUUCCUUGAUGCACCUAUGUGUGGUGCUCAUAUUAGGCAGAUCUGACCCUUUGGCAGUUAUUCACCUCGUCAGUAAUUCACAUCUACAAUUACUGGCAUUUCGCAUGAAAGAUGUGCACCAUAGAGUGAAGUGGUUCCUGGAUGAGCAUGAAGUCAUUGAUCAUUGGAUUGUGUUUUUGCCCAUGGAACUAGGGAACUGGGCUCAGCUGGGUCAGGGUGACAUGUUGAUUUGGGAGUUGGCAGAGGAGCAGGUGAAGCUUCCAAUCCCUGAGAGUAGUGAGUCUUUCACUUCAAGUAUCAGCAGUGGACUAGCCUAA